AAGAGGCCGUGUGGUCGGUGUGUGCUGUAGGGAUCGGCUGAUGGGGGAAGGGUUCUCACACAACGACUCAUGGCGGAGAUCACCACAUAUUACACUCGGCUUGAUCACACCGUCAAACCCGCGUCUCAUCAUGGACACAAGAUGUCACGAGCGCCGCUGAGAUUGCGGACACACUGGAUGUUGCGUUUCGGCUUUUAUUGAGUCUCAGGGAGCCAGCUGCAUUCAUACACGGUGUCCUCACCAGGCCCUGGAGGCUGUGAAUUAUUCUUAAAGGAACUGGACAACAAACAGGGGAAAUGGCUGCGACUGCCGGCUUCUCCUCCAAUGGUCCCUGGACACUGAGCGACACCGAGGUGAAUAAUCUGUACCGGGAUCUCGAGCUGGGCACCGUAUUGACUCUCUUUUACUCUAAAAAGUCUCAAAGACCCGAGAGAAGGACGUUUCAAGUCAAACUUGAGACCAGACAGAUUAUCUGGACCCGAGGAACGGAUAAAAUCGAGGGGGAAAUUGAUAUUCGGGAGAUUAAGGAGAUUAGGACGGGACAGAAGUCACGUGACUUUGAGCGGUAUGUGGAGGAUUCGACGGCUCGGACGGAUCAGGCCCACUGCUUCGUCAUUCUCUACGGGACGGAGUUUCGACUCAAAGCACUCAGUCUGGCUGCGACGUCAGAUGAAGAGAUGGUGAUGUGGGUGAAGGGAUUGACCUGGCUGAUGUCAGACACGCUCCGCUCCCCCACACCCCUGCAGAUAGAGAGGUGGCUAAGGAAACAGUUUUAUGCAGUGGAUCGCAACCGGGAAGACAGAAUUUCCUGUAAGGAUUUGAAAAGUAUGUUGUGUCAAGUCAACUACAGAGUUCCCAACAUGAGGUUCUUACGAGAGAAACUUCCGGACGGAGAGCUGCGGAAUGGAGAUGUAUCGUACAGUCAUUUUGCUCAGUUGUACCGCAGUCUGAUGUUUGACGCACAGAAAUCAAUGGAGAUUCCUCUGCUGCAAAGGUUUAUUGAGAGACCUGAGCAGAAGAUCUUGCUGGAGGACUUCCAGAACUUCCUCAUUGAACAUCAGAAGGAGCUUUGGGCCACAGACAAUAACAAAGUGCAGGAGUUCAUGUUUCAUUACCUGAAGGAUCCUCUACGAGAGAUCGAACAGCCGUACUUUCAUCAGGACGAGUUCCUGACGUAUCUGUUCUCUAAGGAGAACACUAUCUGGGACUCUCAGCUGGAUCAGGUGCGGCCAGAGGACAUGAACAACCCCCUGUCCCAUUACUGGAUCUCCUCAUCACACAACACCUACCUGACAGGAGACCAGUUUUCCAGCGAGUCGUCUCUGGAGGCGUAUGCGCGCUGUCUGCGCAUGGGCUGCAGAUGCAUCGAGUUGGACUGCUGGGAUGGUCCUGAUGGGAUGCCCGUCAUCUAUCAUGGUCACACACUUACCACAAAAAUCAAGUUCAGCGACGUGCUUCACACCAUCAAAGAACAUGCUUUCGUCACGUCUGACUAUCCCAUCAUUCUCUCCAUUGAAGACCACUGCAGUAUAGUCCAGCAGAGAAACAUGGCCACCUUCUUCAAGAAAGUGUUUGGAGAGAUGCUCUUGACCAAAGCAGUAGACAUCUCAGCCGACGGUCUCCCCUCGCCCAAUCAGCUCAAGAGAAAGAUUCUUAUCAAGCACAAAAAGUUAGCUGAAGGCAGUGCGUAUGAGGAGGUCUCGUCUUCAACACCUUACUCGGAGAAUGACAUCAGCAACUCCAUCAAGAACGGCAUACUCUAUCUGGAGGACCCCAUCAACCAUGAGUGGUAUCCACACUUCUUUGUUCUGACCAGCAAUAAGAUCUAUUACUCUGAAGAAACGUCCAGCAAUCAAGGGAAUGAGGAUGAGGAGGAACAUAGAGAGAUCUGUAACGGGAUGGACCAGCAUGUAACGGAGAAGUGGUUUCACGGUAAGCUGGGUGCAGGGCGUGACGGGCGUCAGAUCGCCGAGCGUCUGUUGUCUGAAUACUGUCUGGAGACCGGAGCUCCUGACGGAUCGUUUCUGGUGCGCGAGAGUGAGACGUUUGUGGGCGACUACACACUUUCUUUUUGGCGGUCCGGUCGAGUCCAGCACUGCAGGAUUCACUCUCGACAGGAAGCUGGAAGCCCGAAGUUCUACCUGACAGAUAAUCUGGUGUUUGACACGCUGUUUGCGCUCAUCAUACAUUACCAGCAGGUGCCGCUGCGCUGCAACGAGUUUGAGAUGAAGCUGACGGAGCCAGUGCCGCAAACAAACGCUCACGAGAGCAAAGAGUGGUAUCACGCUUGUCUGUCCCGCAGUCAGGCUGAAAACAUGUUGAUGAGAGUGCCGCGUGACGGGGCUUUCCUCGUGAGGAAGAGAACUGAAUUCAACUCCUUUGCCAUUUCCUUCCGAGCGGAGGGGAAGAUAAAACACUGUCGUGUGCAGCAGGAGGGGCAGACGGUGGUUUUGGGCACGUCAGAGUUUGACAGUUUAGUGGAUCUAAUCAGUUACUAUGAGAAACAUCCGCUGUACCGCAAGAUGAAGCUGCGUUACCCCAUCAAUGAAGAGACACUGGAGAAGAUCGGCACUGCUGAGCCUGAUUAUGGAUCUCUGUAUGAGGGUCGUAACCCUGGAUUUUAUGUGGAAGCCAAUCAGAUGCCCACAUUCAAGUGUACAGUCCGAGCAAUGUAUGAGUAUAAAGCCCAGCGUGAUGACGAGCUCUCCUUCAGUAAGAACGCCAUCAUUCAGAAUGUGGACAAACAGGAAGGAGGCUGGUGGAAGGGAGACUGUGGCGGUAAGAAGCAGCUGUGGUUCCCUGCAAACUACGUUGAGGAGAUCAGCUCUACAGCCGUGGAGCCCGACAGAUCCGCGACAGAGAACAGUCCUCUGGGGGAUCUGUUGAGGGGAAGUGUGGACGUGUCUUCCUGUCAGAUUGUGGUGAGACAAGAAGGGAAGGGCAGCAGACCGUUUGUCUUCUCUCUGGUUCCCGUGGCUUCACCGCGUACAGGUCCAGUGCUGGACAUCGCUGCCAGCUCGCAGGAAGAGCUGAAGGACUGGGUGGUGAAGAUCCGAGAGGUCACAAUGACCUCUGAAGCCAAGCUUGAAGAAGGUAAAAUGAUGGAAAGAAGAAAGAAGAUUGCUUUAGAGCUGUCAGACCUCGUCAUCUACUGUCGGCCGGUUCCUUUUGAUGAAGACAAGAUUGGGACGGAGCGGGCCUGUUUUCGGGACAUGUCCUCAUUUCCAGAGACCAAAGCAGAGAAAUACGUGAACCGCAUCAAAGGGAAGAAGUUCCUGCAGUAUAACAGGCUGCAGCUGUCACGCAUCUACCCGCGAGGACAGCGGCUGGACUCCUCUAACUAUGACCCGUUGCCCAUGUGGCUGUGUGGCAGUCAGCUAGUGGCCCUCAACUUCCAGACCGCAGACAAGCCAAUGCAGAUGAAUCAGGCUCUGUUCAUGCUGAAUGGCAGGAGCGGUUACGUGCUGCAGCCGCCAAUCAUGAGAGAUGACAACUUUGACCCAUUUGAUAGACACUCACUGAGAGGAGUCGAGCCAUUCACACUCAUCAUAGAGGUUUUGGGAGCACGCCACCUGCCCAAAAACGGUCGAGGUAUCGUUUGCCCUCUCAUCGAGAUUGAGGUUUGUGGAGCAGAAUACGACAAUGCCAAGCAGAGGACUGACUCUGAAGCGGACAAUGGUCUGAACCCCACCUGGCCCAGGAAGCCCUUCAGAUUCACCGUAUGUAAUCCUUCAUUCGCAUUCCUGCGCUUUGUGGUUUAUGAGAUCGACAUGUUCAAUGAUCAGAACUUCCUUGCUCAGGCAACAUUCCCUAUCAACUGUCUCAAAACAGGCUACCGGUCGGUUCCUUUGAAGAACAGCUACAGUGAGGAUCUCGAGUUGGCAUCUCUGCUGGUGCACAUGGACAUCAUCAGAGGAAGGGUGGGCUAUGAGAUCAUACAUGAGAACGGGGAGAUGUUGAGUCCAUUCUCGGCAGCGGGAGCAAUGGUGAUGGCCAUGCAGGUGGGUCGGGAGCGUAUGGGAGACUCAAGCUCGGUUUCCUCCACCUCCUCCAUGUCACCGCUGCCCUCAUCUCCAGCACAGGCGCUGGGAUACCGUGGUAGAGAGGGCUCCUUCGAGGCCCGAUACCAGUCUCCUAUCGAUGACUUCAGAGUUUCACAGGAGGCACUGUUGGACCACGAAAACAGGAGGAUACGCAGGGCGCGUGUCAGCGCCGACAACCGCGCAUAAACCCACCAGCUGAGCGUACGACAGAUGGACAGAGCCAGACGCGAGUCUAGCGAUAAGGUUCCUCUAGGGCUGAUGAUGUCAAGGACUGCCGUGAAACCCGUUUCUAUGGAAAUAUCAUAGGCAGUGUUCAUGAGCAGAAAUCCCUCUUUUUUUUUUUUUUUCAUGACUCUCUAGUGCUCUGAGCUGUGCGAGUGGCUGAGGGCCUCAUGGAGUGUCUGCGCGGUGAUGGAGCCUUCGCUCACGGACAAAAAUGAACAAAUAUCUGCUUAGCUACAAUCUUUUAGAUAGACCAGGGUGUUCUGAUGCAGCACAAAAUGCAAGGACGGCAGUUUGGUAGAUGACAAAAGGCCAGUGUUUCAAAAUUGAGUGGGAGCUGUAUCAUUCACUACUUUUGAAACCGAUUCCAGGUUAACAUUUAUGGAGUAAUAAUACUUUCUUUAUGCUGUCUCUAUGGCUUGUAUAUGAAUCUAUAAAUGUGCGUUCCCCAUUUUGCUGUCAAAGGGCCUCUAACUCCAGAUUUUUUACUUAAUUUCAAAGUUAUUAUUUUCAUUAUUUAAACAUCUGUUUUAAACUUUCAUAAUGUUAAUGUUUUUUUUUAUACGAGUAUGUUUCUAACAUGAGGGCUUGGCCUUUAUAAUUGCGUUUCUCAAAUUCUUGCUCUUUCUCCUUCCCUCUGUCAGGGCUGAUGGACUAAAGUGUUUGACCUAUCCCAAAAUGCUUGUUCUUAUAUUUUUAAACAGGCAGGUGGUGAAAGAUUGAAGAGCCUCAAAUAAUGAUUCUUCAGUGCAAUGUUCGUUAACUCUAGAACAGCUUUUUCUUUUUUUAUAUAAAGUCUUUACUGAUGUUAUCAAGUGACCAGAGAACAAUAUCUCUCUCCUUGUUUUAGGUUUUACCAGUCUGUUUGAGCGGACUUAAGUUCACAAACAGCUCAAGUUGAGUUCGUAAGCCUGUAAUGGGCUACAGGAGUGUUGGAAGCAAAUUAUUGUGCAUUUAGUUCACAGAUCGGAACUUGGACCAUCUAAUUUCAGAAUGUUUUAUGCUUUACAAAACUAUUUCUGUGAUUUUAUCAUUAUGAUGCCUCCAUGUUUUAGCACUCAAAAUAUAUGGUUCCUGACACUGUUUUAAUACAUCUUAUCAGCUCAAAUAAGUUUUAUGUAUUAUUUAGUACCAUUAGUAGUUCGUUAUCUGCCGAGUCUGUUGAAAGAAAGCCGAAGGUAAGCAUUCCAGGUGACUAAUAUGAGAAAUUGGGACCAAAUAUGUUUGUCUCAGUAUAUUGGAUCAGCAGAACACCUUGAGCAUUAAACUUUCUGGGAAGAGAACUUUGGGAUUUGUUGAUAAAUUGGUCAAAAUUGGCCAACUUUUGUGUUAUUGUAGAGUACAAGGGCAUUUUUGCUAAAUCUGCAAAUCUUUCUUUAGAUAUAUUUAUCUUGUGCCAAGCAGUCAUUAUAAAUUUGUAUUAUGCCAUAUUGUUUGUCUGAUACAGGUUAUGUUAGUAACAGAUAAACAGGCUAAGACUGCAACACUUUAGUAUUUACAGUUGAUGUACAGUUACUAAGGCCAUAUUUAUUGUAGGAGCUCAGCAGUUCCAUGCCGUUCUCAUGUUUAGCCAGUAGAGGCUAAGAUAUGUCACUGAACUGCACACAUCCACAUGCUGCAUAGCUCUGAGAAUAAUCGUUUAGUCGUACAGCCAUAGAUAGAAGCCAUUAUGAUGGUUUUCCUGUCUCUCCAUUUGACCUUGGAGUCCAGGUGUGUUUUUACAAUACAAUGCUUUGCAGACCUUAAGAAAUAUUUUCUUUUUUGCAUUUUAGCUGCUAGGUGACGCAACUGUUAUUGCAGUAUUCGAUUCAGUGCAUGACUGCUUUUGGUCUGAAAGCAUAUGAUCUAGAAGUUGAAUCCCAAAGCAAUUUUGUGUAUAUUUACCUGAUAGGGCAUAUGCAAAAUGCUGGGGGCAUUUUAACUUGGAAUGAUGUUUAAUUCAAGCGAUUGAUUUCAUCUCGUUGGAUGCAUGCAUGAAUAAAUUCCUCUCAAAGUUUUAUGUAUAUCAAAUUUGCAUAAUGUUCUCUAGACAUACAGGGACCAUAAUGACUUCCUGAGCUUUUAAAAGAGGUAAAAGACAAGGCCAAACUCAUUUUGAAGGAAUUUCACUCCAUUCCUCCUGCAUUCAUUGCUUAUUGCCUUCAGCAUUAAAUCCCUUUCCCUAUACGGACAUAGCCCUUCUCAUUCUGUAAAUCAUUUUUUUGCAUCAACUUUCAUGUGCCUUGGUGUAUAUGUAUACAUAUAUACAUCAAUGAAAGAUCCCCCUGCUGGACAUGUAUGCCUUUUCUAUGCUUUCAUGCAUCAACAUGUCAAAAAUGUUCUUAUUUACAAACCAAGCCUUUUCUGUAAUGUGCCUAUGCUAUAUUGGAGGAAGUAAACAUUUUUAAUUUUGCUUUUCAUAUGAAACAUAAUCAAGCCUGAGAAUAAAUAAAGUACUUAUUCAAAAACA